CCUCCAGGACACAGAAAAGACACAACGACCCAGCGAGUGAGAAGAGCCGCCCCGACAAUGAGCGCUCUCCUCCGCUGAGAGCCGGCCUCCGGACACGGGACUAGCGGGCUUCUCCGGUGCUGGCUGUCUGUGGGAGGCAGCAGGGGAUCCCGUGCGAUGUGAGUGAGCUAUGCAUUGUGGAAAUGGCCAGGCUGGAGUCCGGAGGAAAGAUGGCGCCUCCCCCCCUGUGCGGGCUCUGCGGGUCUGCCCCCUCUUCCUGCUGGCCGCUGCUGCUGGGCUCCUGCUGGGGCUCGGAUCGGGGGCACCCCCCGACACAUGGUGCCAACCCUGCCCGGGCAACUGUACGUGCGACCCACCGACCUGCCUGGUGAACUGCUCCGGAGGAGGACUGCAAGAGCUGGACCAAGUCCCUGGGAAUGUCACUGUGCUGGACAUUUCCAAUAACAACAUUGAAACCUUGAACGAAGAACUUUUUGAAGAAUUGCAGAAUCUAACGGAAAUAAACCUUAGUGACAAUCCAUGGUUGUGUGACUGCCGUCUAUCAUGGCUCCCUCGCUGGGCGAAUAAGAGCGGGAUUAGCGUUGUGCAGGCGGAUUCUACUCUAUGCGACCGGCCUCACGUGGCCUCUGGCCAGCAACUCUUUAAUGUCUCUUUCUCCAAAUAUCUGUGCGGAUCUGAUCUGAUCUACUGUCCACCCAGUCCAUCAACUCACAGUGAAUCUGUGUUGAUCUUCGUGCCUAGCGCCUUGACUUAUGCCAAUAAUGAGACAUGCAGUGCCCAGUGCUAUGCCGAUCUCUACAACUACUGGGCUGUAGACUCCAAGCAUGGUUGCCUGUGUGGUGUCAUCUUGCCCUCUAAUGCCUCUCUUCGGUGUCGGGAGGUUUGUGGCACUCCAUCUCUCCUGUCUGGGUGUGGUCUCACCAUUAUCCAGGAUGUACUCAGGACCGAGUCUCACACCUUUCUUCAUGCCUCCAGUGAUGUGUACAGACUCUGGGAAGCUGUGCACCUUCAGGUCAAGUCUCCGAUCCCUGUCCGUAAUCUACGCUGGAAUUUGGGGAGCCAGGAAUUCAACCUUAGCCAGGUAUUCAACACCAAUGAGGUGAGCAUCACCCACAGAUACGCCCAGCCAGGGGUGUACAAUGUGACGGUGGAACUGAGGUUCGGCAGCAGAGAUCUCCUCUUACAUGAAGAGCUCCGGGUGGUGGGCAUUCCGGAAGAGGUAAAGCUCCUGGGCCCAUCCCUGGUCAGGACCAAUGAAACCGUGGAUGUUCAUGUGAUGACUAGAGGAGGAACAGAUGUGGAAGUUCAAUAUAUUGUAACAUCACAGGAUGACUUGGCAAUGUCUCCUACUUGUCCACCGGGAAGUGUGGUAUACCCCAGCAAUAACCAUUGUUACCAGCUAAUAUCAGAGAAGGCUGGGUGGUUCGAGGCCCAGAAGACCUGCCAGGACUGGGGGAAUGGCGACAUGGCAGUGGUCAGCAGUUUGGAGUUGCAGAGUUUUUUGAAGGCUCAUGUUACCAGUGGUUUGGAGGUGUGGAUCGGAUUCAAUGACAGCCGGAGCUCUGAAUCCCUCCCCGCGGGGAAACGCUUUGAUUUGGAGAGCUGCCAGAAUUGGCUCCCUGGCCAGCCGGAGCCGUCCCAGGCAGAUCGUUGUGUAAAGAUGGGGCCCAAUGGAGUGUGCAAUACCGACCUGUGCAGUGCCACACACAACUACAUCUGUGAAUACAAGCCCCAGGCUGUUUCUCUGAACGCAGAAUACUUUGCGGUGGGAUCUUUGGCGUUUGACAGGAAUUGGCCUCUACAAAAUCUAACAAGAGUGGAGAGUGCUCUGUCUUCUGGGGAGGUGGAGGUUUUGGUUUUCCCUGGUUUGCACUUUUCCCGGGAAGUGUACAUAUCGGCUCUGGAAUUUAUAACCGAGGAAGUACAAGACCCUGUGCAGCUGAGGUUCCAGGUGUAUACACAGAGCACAGAACAAGACUGUCCAGUUCAAAGUACAAGCUCCCCACCAAGCAGCAAACCAAUAAAUGAGACUCUCCCCGACUGCGAGGAAGACCUGGAUUCCUGCAAUUACACCAACAGUAGUAUUCCAGUGGAGAGUGGCCAUUUCCCAGCCAGCGAAUCUAAAGAUGCCACCUUUUCAUCAAUGGCCCAGUCCAACAGAAGCCUUCCAAACUUCACCUUAUUAAAGGAAUAUCUCUUCACAAUCCCUGCUGGAAAUGCCACACAGUAUUUGGCAACGUUUGAAGAUGUAAGUGUUCCAAUGCUCCCAAAUGACCUUAUUGUUCUACAACAUGAUGCCCCCAACAAAACGUUUCUACACUGCCACUCCUCUAGAUCAUACUAUACAUUCCACCAGUCAGAUUGGGUUACCUGCAUUCCUGGGCACCUCGUUGGAGAAGCACUUAUCAACAACACAUCAUGCUCAUUAAGAGUCAUUGGCACCACCAAAGAGCUUGCCUUGAUUUUCAGCGAUCAACCAAACCCUGGUCUGUGGCCUCCUGGAAAAUAUACAGUCACGGCAAACUUUACCAACCAGUUGUACGAAGCUACGCAGUCUUACAGCUUUAGUGUGGUGUCACCGGUUUCUGGUCUGAGUGUCAUCUAUCCAACACCACAAGACGAAAUCUACUACAUUCCCAGUGACAAUCCCGUUGUGAUUCUCAAGAUUCUCUCAGGCUCCGAUGUCACCUCAUUUUGGACUGGCAACAACCAGACAUGGAGCUUCAGUCGGACGUGUCCUCUAAAUUUUUUUGCUGUAUCCACGGAAUGUUCGACAGAUAAAGGAGACAUUUCAUACUCUGAGGUCAAUCUGCUCGGGCUGGGGAGAGGGGUUGUGGAAGUUUCAAUAACUGUGCAAAACGAGAUAAGCUCCCAAAAUAUAUCGUUUUUAGUGAAGAUGGAGGACCCAAUCAGAGGACUGAGCGCAAGCCCUUACCCUCAAGCCAGAGUGCUGCUCAACACCCGAGUGAAUAAUGUUGCUUCUGUGGAAUCCGGAUCAGACGUGAUCUUUAAAUGGACUGUGGACGACCGCUCAUCUUUUACAUAUUACAACACCGUCUUUAAUGUGAUCUAUCAGUCUGCCGCUGUUUACAAGCUCACAUUGACAGCUUCAAACCAUGUUAGCAAUGCUUCGGUUAGUUACAACGUGACUGUAGAAAAGAUGAACCCAAUGCGCGACCUUAAGAUCUCCAGUAUCCCAGGCAUUGUUACCCAAGAUGCUCCGUUGCAGCUCUCCGCAAGCAUACUUAUCGACUCUGCAGUGGAAGUCGCAUUUCGAUGGACAUUUGGAGAUGAAAGGCAGCUUGAUCAUAAUUUUCGGCCUCCCUAUAAUGAGUCUGUUCCUGACCUGCCCAUGCAUAUGGUAGUUGUUGAGAGUAGUGUCACCCACACCUACCAAGAAACAGGUGCCUAUAAUGUGACACUGUUGGUGUUCAACAAGCAUGAAAAUAUGUCAAAACUGAUCUCUCUCCAAGUUCAGAGCAUCUUGACUAACUUAACCAUUGAAACAGAUGCCGAGGUCUUGGUCAGUGGCAGGAUGGUCAGUUUUCAAGCAGCAGCUGAACCCUCUCCAUUUGGCGUCAUUUACUCAUGGAACCUAGGUGAUGGUACUUACUAUGACAACAGCAGCAAGUCAAUUGUGAACCAUACGUAUAAUAACACAGGAUUCUUCACUGUCAGCAUCUGGGCACUAAAUGAUGUCAGUGAAAAAAGGGUUGAGAAGACUUUUUAUGUCUAUGAAGAAAUUACUGACUUAGUUGUAACAUCAGAUGAGCCUACUGAAAGAGGUUUGCAGACAUUCAUUAAUGCCUCAGUGGAAAGUGGAGAUGCUAUUACAUGGAGAUUUGAUAUGGGAGAUGGUUCUAUUCUAGAGGGUAAUGAGCCUAUGGUAAACUAUACAUACUCGAAAGAUGGUAACUAUACUGUUAAUGUCACUGCACGGAAUCCAGUGAACUCCAUGUCUGAGAUUCUCCAAGUGCGGGUGUAUGUCCUACAAAUUCUUAAGAUAGAGCCUUCUACUUGCAUUUUGGAAAAUUCAAACGUCACUCUGACCGCUCAUGUUACAGGAGACUACCAGACUUACACUUUUAACUGGACAUUUGAUAAUGGUUCAUCAAGCAUCACUGUUAAUGGAUUCCCAUCUGUAGAGUAUGACUUUUCAAACAGUGGAAUUUUUCCUCUUUCCCUAAUUCUCUCAAGCCAUGUCAACAAGGCUUACUACUAUACCAACAUCUGUAUAGAACCUCAGAUUAUCAAUGUUACAAUACUGCCUGCUCUACAGAAUGUAAGUUUAGGUAAUGAGAGUUUGUUUGAAGUGAUUGUCUUCCCUCUCUACCAGUACAGAUACAGUUGGGACUUUGGGACCAAUGGCUCAAAGUAUAAUGGUGGAACAGAAACUAGUUUUGUGUAUAAAGUCCCUGGAGUAUAUCAGGUUACAGUGUCCGUGUUCAACAACGUAUCUUUUCACAAUGGAACGGCAAUUGUAGAUGUCCAAGAACCCAUCGGAGCACUAGAUAUCAAGCACAAUGGAAGUGAGGUUUUGGCACUAGAUCAAGUGUACUUAUUUGAAGCCUUGGGCGGUGGGUCAAAAGUUGAACAUCACUGGGAUUUUGGCGAUGGCUUUACAGACAAAAGACAAUCCGUAGCACAUGCUUAUAAUAGUACUGGCACCUUUACUAUUAAUCUAUAUAGCUAUAAUAGUGUAAGUUUUAAUCGAACACAUUUGAAUGUCACAGUUAAGACAAGGAUUCAAGGGCUGACUAUGAAUGCCACCAGGACAAUAGUGCCUUUAAAUGGCUCUGUGACCUUCUCAGCCUUCCUACAGGCAGGGGAUAAUGUUCGAUACUCGUGGAUAUUAUGUGAUCGAUGCUCGCCUAUAUUUUGCAAUUCCACAAUUUCUUACACUUUUCGAUCUAUUGGGACUUUUAAUGUUAUUGUGACAGCUGAAAAUGAACUUGGCUCCUUGCAGGAUAGUAUCAUCAUCUACGUCUUGGAAAUUAUCGAAGGACUGCAAAUCAUCACAGGGGACUUGGUUAAUGAUUGUUGUUUCCCGACCAACAAGAGUCUGCCUCUCCAGGCCACAGUGAAGGAUGGGACAAACAUCUCGUACAGCUGGUUUAUUUUGAAAAAUGACAGUGUAGUUCAGACUGGUGCUGGGAAGACCUACCAGUUCACAAGUCUACAACCAGAAUCUUACACAUUUGUCUUAAAAGCUGUAAACAUGUUGGGAAAUGCAAGUGUAUCCAUGAGUGUAACUUUUGUGGAAAGCCUUGGUCAAGUUCAGCUCCAUGCUUGUCCUAACCCAGUUGCAAUCAAUACCACAGUCAACAUUAGCAUGAGUCUGAGUAGUGGUUCAGGAGUGAUGUACACUUGGUAUCUAGAAGAAAGUGUGGUGUGGUUCACAUAUGAAUCUUUUGUCCUUUACAAUUUCCUACGUCCUAAUCCAAAGGAAGUGUUUGCCAUUGCGAACAACACUUUAGGUUUAGUCAACUCAACCAUCACCAUCUUUGUUCAAGAGCCAGUUGACGGUUUGAGCAUUACAAGCCUGGACCAUAAAAAUGAUUAUGUACCAACUGGAACUCUUGUGUACCUUAUUGGCAAUGUGCAACGUGGUACCAAUGUGUCGUGGAUUUGGAGUAUUGAAGAUGAGCACAAGAAAGAAAGGUCAGCUACCGUGCACUUUAAUAGACCUGGAUUCUAUACUGUCAGCCUGAAUGCAUCCAAUGAUGUAAGCUGGGAAAUUGCCUAUAAAAAUUUUACUGUCCAAGACAAAAUAUGUGGUUUGAAGCUGCUGGUGAGUAAAAUGGUGGUGGAACCUGGUGAGAGAGUCACAUUUAAUGUCACCAUGUCAGCCGGUACUGAUGUAACCUAUAAAUUGACUAUUAAUGGGGAUUUCUCCAUUUUACUUAAUGGCACUAGUUACACCCAUGACUUCACGAAAAUCGGUGGCUAUCCUGUGACUGUGGUUGCCCACAACCAAGUGAGUGAAGAUCGGGUCACAGUCAUGAUUUCUGUGCUUGAAGCAAUAGAGAAUCUGAAAAUUGUAAAUUGCUGUGAGGUGGCGUUACCAGCCAGAAUUGAAAAGAGCUUCAGAGCGGAGGUCAGUAAUGGCUCCCUGGUUGCUUACACUUGGCAGUUUGACUUACAGGGUCAUCCGCCAACCAGCUUAGCAGGCAGAAAUGUAACCUACAUGCCAAUGGCUGCAGGGGUGCUUACAAUCCACUUGAGUGCAUCUAAUGCUUUAGGAAGUCAGAACAUCUCCAAAGUAAUCAUAAUUCAAGAACUGAUUGUCAGUGUCACAUUGGUGCCUGUCAAACCUUUUGUCAACCGAAGUGCAACUUUUACUGCUGUUGUGGUUCCUAGCCCCUUAGAUGUUCGUUUUGAGUGGACAUUUGGGGAUGAUGCCUUUGCUUUGGUGACAUAUGCUGCCACUGCCAAACAUACCUACCUAACCCCAGGAGACUUUGUGGUAAAGGUCAAUGCCUCCAAUCUGAUCAUCUUUUGGAUUGCUGAAAUGACAGUCAAAACCCAGAUUUUAGAAUGUGAAGAGCCAGAAGUUCAGCUGGAGCUACCAACUCAAGUAAUCAUGAGGAGGUCACAAAGAAAUUAUAUUGAGGCAGAGUUUAAUUUGCGGGGUUGCGUCAGCUAUAAAACGGAAUACCUAUGGGAGAUUUAUAAAGCUUCUAGCUGCCUAAGCUAUCAUGAGUCAGACAAAGUGCACCUACUGAACGUUGAUAUGAGCAGACCUCAGCUUGUGGUGCCUAAACUAGCCCUUGAUAUAGGAAACUACUGCUUUGUCUUCUCUGUGUCUUUUGGAGACACGCCCCUCUCUCGAAGCAGCUUUGCGAAUGUGACUAUGAUGCCUAGUAAAUUGGUGCCCAUCAUUGAUGGUGGAUCUUAUCGUGUUUGGUCAAGUAGUCGGGACUUGGUUUUGGAUGGAAAAAAGUCUUAUGACCCAAACCUAGAAGAAGAUGAACAAACUCCACUGACUUAUAAAUGGUCUUGUACAACCUUAGCAAAGAAUUUGCAGAAUACGGUUUGCAGUUCAGACAUCAUGUCUGAGCUCGGUGAAGUGUCUAUCCAUAGGUCAAGGUUGCACCCAGAUGUGGAGUACACAUUUUUUCUGACUGUCAGCAAGCCUGGAAGACAUGCCGAGUCCACCAAUCAAACGGUUUUAAUAAAAAAAGGCAGGGUUCCAAUUGUGUCUCUUAAAUGUGUCUCCUGUAAGGCACAGUCUGUGUACGAAGUGAGUGCCAGCUCCUAUGUUUACCUAGAAGGGUCCUGCACCAACUGUGACGAUGAAUCCAGGACUGGGAGGUGGACCGCUCAGAGCUUCAGCAACAAGACUCUUGUCCUCAAUGCCACCACCACCACCACUGGAGACCGGGAGAUGAACCUAGUGCUUAGGCAGGGAGUGUUGAAGGACGGAGAGGGGUACACCUUCACUCUUCAUGUCAGUGAUCCCACAAUGGAGGAGGAGGGGUUUGCUUCCAUUGAUCUGCUACCAAACAGCCCUCCAUUUGGAGGAACAUGUAGAAUCUUCCCCAAUGAAACCAUUCAUGCUCUGAACACACGGGUCCACUUUAACUGCACAGGUUGGAGAGAUACAGAAGAUGAGGUGGCCCUAGUGUUCAUUCUGAGAGCUAAACGUUGCCGGGCCGGUAACUGUGAUGACUUCUGGGUGUAUAAAGGCAGCCGAUCAGAGCACAGCACCUUCCUGCCUGUCGGCUACAAUGAGACCAACUUUGUGGUGGAGCUUUCCAUACUAGUACAAGACCAGCAGGGGGCAAUUGCCGUGGCCUUAAACCAGUCCCUAGUUAUUUCCAUGCCUAAAAUCCCAGAGGGCUUCCAAAGUAUUGGUCACUGGUUGUAUAACCUAACAGAGAGCGCCCUGCAGGGUAUACUGAAACAGGGAGACCCCCAGCACGUGGCUGAGUAUUCCUUGGCUCUCAUAACAGUUCUCAAUGAGUAUGAACAAACUGUGAACAAAGAUGAAGAUAUUGGCAAGCAGAACUUGGGAAUUGUACGCAAGAACAUCACAGAUGCCCUUAUAUCCCUGAAAGUCAACACCGUGGACGACAUACGGCAGAUAGCCUCUGCACUGGCGCAGUGUACGGUGGCCAGUAAGGAGCUGGCAUGUGCAUCUUGUCAGCGGAAAACUCUAGAGAAGCUGGAAGCCAUGAUGUCUAUCCUUCAGAAUGAGACCACGCAAGGAAUGAUGACUCCUACCACAAUCGCAGAUAAUAUUUUGAACAUUACGGGAGAUGUCAUCCAACUUGUAAAUACCAAGUCAUCAGUCCACAAAGGAGGCAAGCUGUGUGGUAGUCUGAACAAUGCCACAGUAGCCUCUGAAGCUUACAAUCUGUCCUCCAACCUCAUAAGGAUCAUGAUGAAGUCCAGAGUGCUGAAUGAGGAGCCCCUGACCUUACAAGGAGGAGAAAUUCUGGCCAGAGGCAAACGGUCUGAUCCACUUAACCUGCUCUGCUACAGUAACAGAACAGGCUGCCAGUUCUUUAUACCUCAGGGCUUUAAUAGCACCUUCCCAGAUUUAACAGACAUUAUCCAGGUCAUGAUCCAAGUGGACUCCAACCCUUACCCCUUUGGCUUCAUCAGCAACUACACCGUCUCCACCAAGGUAGCCUCUAUGGAAUUCCAGACCAGUAACGGCAGUCAGAUCCCAGUGGAAAGCCUGGAUUCUGAAAAGGCAAUCACAGUUAGCGUCGCCAAUAGCACUGGUGUUGGCAAUAUCACAGCAGGUGUGGCUACGAUUGAGAGCCGCCGCUCGGUGAAAGUGGACAUUGAAGCAGAAAGCAGUAAUGAGAAUGCAGGCCUUCACAUUCAGCUUACCUAUAAAGUCCUGGACGAGUGGUACUCCCACAUGGAAAAGGAGCCGUACAUUGCUGCCUAUCUUCAUGAGACCGAUCAUCCCAACCAGUACAAUUACAGCGCCAUGAAGCAGAUCACAUUGGAUGCUAUGAAGGGAGAUGACCAUAAGCUGUACACGUUCUUCAUCGGUCCCAUAAAAGGAAACCUGACCAGACACUAUUACCUAAACAUCACCAACCAUUACAUGUGGUCCUCUGUGGAUGUGACGGUGGGACUGUACACCUCCCUGUGUCAGUACUUCGAUGGUACUGAAAUGAGAUGGAAGACAGAGGGAGUCCAACCCCUGGAGGACACCCGUUCUAACCAGGCUGUCUGUCUGACCCAGCACCUCACUGCCUUUGGUGCCAGCCUCUUCGUCCCUCCCCACUCCGUCAACUUUAUCUACCCUCCUCCGCCUCCCGGAAUCAAUUACAUUGUGCUUCUGACAUGUGCCGUCUGCUUUGCCACCUACUCCAUAGCCACCAUUAUCGUCCACAAACUAGACCUCCUGGAUGUCAGCAAGGCCGGGGUCAUACCGUUCUGCGGGAAGGCUGGCGUCUAUAAAUUUGAGGUCCUGGUGAAAACGGGCUGGGGGCGGGGAUCAGGCACCACGGCCCACGUAGGUAUAAGCUUAUAUGGAGUGGAUAAUAAAAGUGGACACAGACAUCUGGAUGGUGAAAAUACCUUCCACCGGAACAGCGUGGAUAUCUUCCAGAUUGCCACUGAGAAGAGCUUGGGAAAUGUGUGGAAAAUUCGCCUAUGGCACGAUAACAAAGGGCUCAGUCCAUCUUGGUAUGUGCAACACGUCAUCAUCCGAGACCUGCAAAGCGGCAAAAGCUACUUCUUCUUAGUCAAUGAUUGGCUGUCUGUAGGUCAGGAGGACAGUGGCCGGCGGGUGGAGAAGGAAAUCUUUGCUGCCAGUGAGACGGAGCUGAAGAGGUUCUCUCGAAUUUUUGUGGCAGAACUGCAGAGAGGAAUUUCGGAGAAACACGUCUGGCUGUCUAUGUGGGACCGCCCGCCACGUAGCCGCUUCACCCGCGUUCAGAGAGCCACCUGCUGUGCUGUUCUUAUCUUCCUCUUCCUGUGUGCCAACACGGUGUGGUAUGGCGUUGUGGGAGAUCGGAAUCAUGGGGAUGGUGCCGUGUCUCAGGUGGUUCCCCUCAGUGUGGACUCGGUGGCUGUAGGAUUGGUGACAAGUGUCUUAGUCUAUCCCAUUUACCUGUUCAUCCUCUUCCUAUUCAGGCGAGCUCGCAGCAAGACCUGUGUCAGGCCGUCCCUCACAUACUUCGAUCAGAACUCCUUGGAAAUAGAUAACUACCUGGACAAUAUGUUGAUGGAGAGUUCUUUUAUGACAUAUACAGGGAUACAUGGAGAGGGAUUUUCUGACCAGACCAAAACAGAAAUAAUUGUGGAUGACACAAAGGGUUUCAUUCAGUGGAGUGCUAAUGAUGGUAUGCUCAGCUGGCCAGACCUACUAAGUGACCCGACCAUCAUGGGGAACAGCAUCCAGAAACUGGAGAAACACCGCAGUAGUCAACACCUUGGGUUAGAUGGCAGCUGCCAUCCCAGCGAGGAGGACAAUGUGGUACUAGGCCUUCCGCCAUCCAUGCCACGCCAUUUCUUAGCAUCAGAUGGAGCCAGCAGCAUGUCUCUCCCCCCAGAGCUGCAGAGGAUUUCCCGUACAGAGACGGAUCUUUUGUCAGACCUGUCAAACCCUUUUGCGGAUAAAACAGAAACCAUAAUGCUGGAUAAAUUAAACGAAAAAGGCCAAACCAUAACUGGACCUCCCAGAGAAGUCAAAUCUAUCAAGUCAACCAGGACAGUUAUCACGGAUGCCUUCCAGAGACGUGGAAGUAUGUUACCCUCUUGGUGCACCCGUGUAGCUCACGUCCUUAGCUGCUUUCUCCUCUUCUGCUGCUUCGGGGUAUCUGUGUGGAUUGGGGUCGGCUUCACCUCCAGCGUAGGCCUCAUGUGGUUAAUAUCUGGAAUAUUCAGCUUCCUCUUCUCAUUCUUUGUCCUGGAACCUUUAAAGGUGAUGGCAGAAGCCCUGUACUUUGCUUUGGUGGUGAAGCGUUUGCACCCUGAGGAGGAGGACACUCUUAUAGAGUGCCCCCUGGUGGAGCACGUCUCCGAAAGGAUCACCAAGGUCCGGCCCCCGCAGGGCUUUGCUCUUUUCCAGGCCAGAGAGGAGGCUCGCAAGGUGAAACUGCUGCACAAGAUGCUAAAGAACCUGGUGGUGUACAUGCUGUUCUUCUUGGUAGUACUUCUCACAAACUAUGGUGAUUCUUCUGUGAACUCCAGUGCUUACCUGCUGCGACGUUCAAUUAGACAAGAGCUGGCGAGUCCAAGAUUCUUGCAGAUUAAAAGAUCCGAGGAGUUUUGGGCCUGGGCAUCAGAUGUCUUGCUGCCAUACCUGGGCAACAUCCAGAGGGGAAGCUACAGCAACUUGCUGGGAUCUGCUCGUUUACGCCAGAUUCGGCUGAAAAAAGCAUGCAGACAUGGCGCAUGUCCAGAGGAGAUUGAGGUCUUUGAUGAUGCAGGUUAUGAUGGCGGCUGGCUCACCUCUUCCCAGUCUUGGUUGCACUCUCCACCUGAUAAUACCGGAGCCUGGUACUGGGGUUACUUGUCCUUCUAUGACAGCUCCGGGUACAUUCAGCAGUUGGGUGUUGGUUUAGAAGAAAACAAGGCUAUCAUUGGGAAACUCCAGGAAGACCACUGGAUUGAUAAUCUGACGAGGGCGCUGUUUGUUGAAUUCUCGCUGUACAGUCCUGGGGUUGACCUGUACUCCUCAGUGAUGCUUCUUCUGGAGUUCCCUUUGGCGGGUAGAACUCUUCCAUCUGUUGAGAUCCGUGCCUUCCCAUUACUGCGCCUAAGCAGCGGGCCCCACCUCCUUCUGGUCAUGAUGGUCUUUUUAAUGAUGUUUGUGGUGUACUUUGUCCUCUCUGAGUGUCUGGUCAUAAGGAAGGAGGGAUGCCAGUACUUCACCCACUUCUGGAACUACAUCCAGUGGCUGAUGACAGUAUUAUCAGUGUGUACUGUGGUCAUGUACCUUAGUCGGGGCAGCCUGGCUGAUGAACAGUGGGACCGGUACCUGAAGGACAGAGCUGCAUUCCUUGGUCUCCAUCAGGUCGCAUUCCUGAGCUCCACCUUUCACAGCUUGUCUGCCUGUGUCCUUUUCAUUCUAACUGUUAAGGCCGCUCAGCAGCUGAGAUUCAUCCGAGAGUGGUCCAUGUUUGGGAAGACACUGGGCCUGUCUGUAAGGGAGCUGUGUGCUGCAGCUGGGGCGGUAUUAGGACUGCUACUGGUGUACGCUCAGCUAGGAUUUUUGCUUUUCUCCUCCUCCUGGGAACGUUUUCACAGUUUCAGCUCCAGCGCUCUCUCACUUUUCUCUGUGGCACGCGGUGCUUUUAGUCUGAAAGUUCCUUUUCCGUAUUCAUCCUGCUUACACCGCCUUUACUUUGUGAGCUACCAGGUCUUGGAGCUGUGGAUCCUAGUGAGGUUCUUUGCAGCCAUCUUGGUCAACAACUACCGUCAUGUUCGACUCGACAUGUUCAGACCAGCAUUCGAACUGCAGGAUUAUGAGAUGGUGGAGCUUUUUCUUAGGAGAUUACGGAUAUGGAUGGGUGUCAGCAAAGUGAAAGAGUUUCGUCACAAAGUGAGGUUCGAAGGUAUGGAGCCUCUUCCUUCACGUUCCUCCAGCGAAACAAAGUCACUUAGAGGUUCCACUCCUAGCGCUGCUUCUGACACCUCCUCCUCUUCAUCCUUUUCCACCAUCUCCAGCCAGUUGGACACUUUGAGUGCCAUAAGUACCAGGGAGAGAGCAGAGGUGGAUGCCAAUAUGCAGAGAUUGCUACCCGUGCUAGAAACCUUGUUGUCCCAGUUUGAUUUAGUCAACAAUGCCACAGAGGAGGUGUAUCAAAUUGAGCGAAGCCUAGAAGAAGUACGGGGAAGAGCAGCCAAGAGAAGAAAACAUGUUAAAGCUUCAACUCAAAAAAUAUUAUGCACCACAGAAGUGACCACAGGUCUCAACCGGAGCUUCACCACAACAAAGAGCAGAAGCUCUAAGUCAGAACCCUACCCAAGAGUCAGCAAGAACUCUUUGGCUCCACGGCCAUCCACAGUUUCUCAAGCCCUAGAGAACAGUUCAGCAAGCAAAGUCAUCACAGUGGACAAGGUGGUGACAGAAGAACCAGCUCUCAUUCCUAUGCAAGUAUCGUACACUUCUCAAACCAAACGGAGAAAGUCAGCGCGGGCCCACAACAGAGUUCACCCUAGUGUCAGUUAGAGGACACCACCAACCCAUGGGUUCUUGUUCUGUUGAUCUCAGCAGUUGAUUACUGCUGCACCAAAUGUCCAGGAGUGUUGAGAUCACACCUGGAAAUAGUUUCAGAUAUUGAUUCUGUAAAUCAUCUGGAGAAUAGCAAGAUUCAAUUUAGACACUUGAAUGGCUCUCUUAUUAUGAAUCCAUGGACAUUGAAGGUCUUUGAUCCAAUAUUUAUCAGUGUUUCCAAGCUCCACAUCAACAAAAAUGGUUUGUCUUUCUUAUUUCAGGAGCUUUGUGCCCUGGAGGCCCUUAAAGCCCUGAAUCUCUCCUUCUUAAGCCCUGGUGGCUUACAAGAUUUACUUGUAUUUCAGUAUAAGCCCUGGUGGCUUAUCAAUUAACCAUGUUAAAUGUGUCCUGGUGACACUAAGCAUGGAAGUGUGCCUUGAGCCCUGGUGGCUUGUUCUUUUUAAGUGGCAGCUGGCUGUCCCGGACCCUGUUUUGUUGACAUUCAUUAGACUACAAAGCUGGGAAACACUGAUCCACACGAAGCAGUCUAUAAUGAUGAAGACA